UGUACUAGAGGAAUAUUCUCACGUAUUCAAGAUUCCUGUGGUUGGCUUCUGAUAAAGUGUCCAAUGAUGAGCAGUGACUUGUUAUCAUUGAACGCAACUGCUAAUCGCAUAACACAACUGACAAGGGAAAAGGAGGAAAAACGUACCCAAGAGCGACGUAGAAAUCUUCUAUACCUCGUAGCCGCAUUUUUAGGAGAGCAAGGAUACACCAAUUCCGUUGAUGUUCUUUUGAAAGAAGCCCAAUUGUCCCGUGAUAUUCAAAUUUGCGACAAUGUCGAUCUGGAAAUCAUUUUAAUGGAAUAUUCGGAUUACCAUUAUGUGAGAUUCAAUAAGUAUCCAAAAUUAUGUAAAAAAAUCGAGUCAAUUGGCAACACCAAUUAUCUUCACAACACGGUUAGUAAAAGAGACAGAGGAGGUAGUGGUGGUGGUGGAAAGGUUUAUUCCAGAUCCGAAGAUGAAAGUGGAGCAUGGAAGAAUAAAAUUCCAUCGUCGAAGUCAACAACGACAAAUGGAUUAACCAUCGAGGAAUCAAAUUUCGGUAUUACUGUAACGCCUAUUUUUCCAUCAGAAAACGUUUAUUCAAAAUCGAUUGCCCCUGACUUUAUUUCCGAUAAUGAAAAAACAUUAAAGCCUAUCGGAGAUCUAUAUCCGUCUGGUUCGGAAUUGAGAGAAAUCGCUGAAGUUAUUUCUAAAGAAAUAGUAUUGAGAGAUUUGAACGUUCAUUGGAAGGAUAUCAAAGGUUUAAAUAAAUGCAAAAUGUUAUUAAAAGAAGCAACUGUCUAUCCAAUCAAAUAUCCUGCUUUAUUUAAUGAAAAACUUGGUCUCUGGAAGGGUGUGUUAUUGUACGGUCCGCCAGGAACAGGUAAAACUAUGCUCGCUAAAGCAGUGGCAACUGAAUGUCGUGCUACCUUCUUUAAUAUUACGUCGAGCUCUUUAAUUAGUAAAUGGAGAGGUGAUUCAGAAAAGUACGUUAGAGUCCUUACCGAUCUCGCAAGAUUUUAUGCACCAACAAUAAUAUUUAUCGAUGAAAUCGAUUGGACGACCGCGAACAAUGCCGGUGAUUAUUCUUCAAUGAACUCUGAACCUGCUAGACGAUUUAGGGCAGAACUUCUUGCAAGAUUAGAUGGAUUAUUAUCUACGGAGAAUGUGAAUGUUACACUUUUAGCUGCUACGAAUGUACCGUGGAAUUUAGAUGCUGCCUUGUUAAGACGAUUGGAGAAACGUAUUUUUGUCGAUCUGCCAGACUACGGGAGUCGCUUAGAAAUUUUACGAUCGUACGUAGACAGCAAUCUACAUGUAACGGAAGAGUUCAAAUCACUUUUAAGAUAUACAGAGGGUUAUUCAUGCGCCGACCUAAAAUUACUUUGCAAAGAAGCAUGGAUGAAUCAAUUGCGGCCCAUUCUUCAAUCUCUUGAAGAGAAGAAAAUUGCACCGGACGAUGUACAAAGCAACGGUCUAAUAAUCAACGUAACGCAUCUCGUAGAUGCAAUGGUAUUCGUAAAACCCAUUGUAAAAAACAUGAAACCGCGAUAUAUACAAUGGAAUACAAAUUUCGGCUCUUCUACUUGCGAAAUUUGACAUUUACAAUUUAGGUAAAUCAAUAUACAUAUAUACAUAUUUACAACGACUAUCAUCGAAUAUUAAAU